CAAAUGACUGGGGCCCCGCAGGCAGUCGCUGUCCGGCCGCGCGGAGCCCGGGUUCCCUGCGCGGACUUUGCGGACCGAGACUCGGGCCGGCGCUUUACGGGCGGAACCUGGGAGCAUGAGGCCCGCGAGCUGGGGGCUGAGCUGGGCCGCCGCCCUGUUCCUCGCAGCCGUGGGGACUGCAGUGGGGGACACAUGUGGCAGAAACGAGUUCCAAUGCCAAGAUGGGAAGUGCAUUUCCUACAAGUGGGUCUGUGACGGGAGAGCUGAGUGCCUGGAUGCCUCCGACGAGUCUGAAGAGACCUGUAUGUCUGUCACCUGCAAGUCAGGGGACUUCAGCUGCGGGGGCCGUGUCAACCGCUGCAUCCCUCAGUUCUGGAGAUGCGACGGCCAGGUGGACUGCGAGAAUGGCUCCGACGAGCAAGGCUGUCCGCCCAAGACGUGUGCCGAGGAUGAGUUCCGCUGCCAGGACGGGAAAUGCAUCUCGCUCGAGUUUGUCUGUGAUUCGGACCGCGACUGCUUAGACGGCUCCGACGAGGCGGCCUGCCCCACGCCCACCUGCGGCCCCGCCAACUUCCAGUGCAACGACUCGGCCUGCAUCCCCCAGCUGUGGGCGUGUGACAGCGACCCGGACUGCAAGGAUGGCUCCGACGAGUGGCCGCAGCGCUGCGGGGACCGCACCGCGACAGCCACCCAAGGGGACGACAACCCUUGCGCGGCGCUGGAGUUUCACUGCCGCAGCGGCGAGUGCAUCCACUCGAGCUGGCGCUGUGACGGCGGCCCUGACUGCAAGGACAAGUCCGAUGAGGAGAAUUGCGCUGUGGCCACAUGCCGGCCUGACGAGUUCCAGUGCUCGGACGGGACCUGUAUCCAUGGCAGCCGGCAGUGCGACCGGGAGUAUGACUGUAAGGACAUGAGCGAUGAGCUUGGCUGCAUCAAUGUGACGCUGUGCGAGGGGCCCAACAAGUUCAAGUGCCACAGCGGCGAAUGCAUCACCCUGGACAAAGUGUGCAACUCGGCCCGGGACUGUCGAGACUGGUCUGACGAGCCUCUGAAGGAGUGUGAGACCAACGAGUGCCUGGAAGACAGAGGCGGCUGCUCCCACAUCUGCAACGACCUCAAGAUCGGCUAUGAGUGCUUGUGCCCCGAGGGCUUCCGGCUGGUGGACCAGCGGAGAUGCGAAGAUAUCGAUGAGUGUCAGGAUCCCGACGCGUGCAGCCAGCUCUGCAUAAACCUCGAGGGCAGCUACAAGUGCGAGUGUGAGAAGGGAUUCCGGCUGGACCCCCUCACCAAGGCCUGCAAGGCUGUGGGCACCAUUGCCUACCUCUUCUUCACCAACCGCCACGAGGUGAGGAAGAUGACCUUGGACCGCAGCGAAUACACCAGCCUCAUCCCGAACUUGAAGAACGUGGUCGCCCUGGACACCGAGGUGGCCAGCAACAGAAUCUACUGGUCCGACCUGUCCCAAAGGAAGAUCUACAGCACUCAGAUCGACAGAGCCCCCGGCCUCUCCUACGACACCGUCAUCGGCGAGGACCUGCAGGCCCCCGACGGGCUGGCGGUGGACUGGAUCCACAGCAACAUCUACUGGACAGACUCGGUCCUGGGCACCGUCUCCGUGGCCGACACCAAGGGAGCGAAGAGGAAGACGCUCUUCAAGGAGAAAGGCUCCAAGCCCCGUGCCAUUGUGGUGGACCCCGCUCACGGCUUCAUGUACUGGACAGAUUGGGGAACCCCCGCCGAGAUCAAGAAGGGAGGUCUAAAUGGUGUCGACGUGCACUCGCUAGUGACAGAGGACAUCCAGUGGCCCAAUGGCAUCACCCUGGAUCUUUCUGGUGGCCGCCUCUACUGGGUUGACUCCAAGCUCCACUCCAUCUCCAGCAUUGAUGUCAACGGGGGAAACCGGAAGACCAUUUUGGAGGAUGAGAAGAAGCUGGCACACCCCUUCUCCUUGGCCAUCUUUGAGGAUAAAGUAUUUUGGACGGACAUCAUCAAUGAAGCCAUUUUCAGUGCGAACCGCCUCACGGGCUCCGACAUUAAUCUGGUGGCUGAAAACCUGUUGUCCCCGGAGGACAUUGUCCUUUUCCACAACCUCACGCAGCCAAGAGGGGUGAACUGGUGUGAGAGGACCGCCCUCCGCAAUGGUGGCUGCCAGUACCUGUGUCUCCCGGCGCCACAGAUCAACCCACACUCGCCCAAGUUCACCUGCGCCUGCCCGGACCACGUGGUGCUGGCCACGGACAUGAAGAGCUGCCUCGUAGAGACGGAAGCUGCAGCGACCCCCCGGGGCACCUCCAGGGUCACGGUCAGGCCAACGGCGCGCUCCCCAGCCGUGAGGACGACUGCGCGCUCUCCCGCCGUGGAGCCAAAGCGCACAGCCAGCCCGUGGUCCGUGGCCAGCCCCGAGUUCACCACGGCGGAGACGGUGACCAUGUCCCACCCAGCCCUGGGCGACGCGGCCAGCAGAGGAGACGAGGAGAAGCCGAGGGGCCCGGGGGCCCUGUCCAUCAUCCUCCCCGUUGUGCUGCUCAUCCUCCUGGGCUUCGGGACCUUCCUGCUCUGGAAGAACUGGCGGCUUAAAAGCAUCAACAGCAUCAACUUUGACAACCCCGUGUACCAGAAGACCACGGAGGACGAGGUGCACAUGUGCUGCGGCCAGGACGGCUACACCUACCCCUCGAGACAGAUGGUCAGCCUGGAGGACGAUGUGGCCUGAGCCGCCGCCGCCCCUGGUCCUGUGCUUCCCCGGAACCUGCCGCGCGUCGCGGGCAGGAAGAACACUUUCUCCCGGGACCCUUGACCUGCCCCGCACCCUUCCCCCCGUUCCCUGCACGGAAAGAAGUGACCGAAAGCACUGCCGGCGGCACAGCCUGCGCGCCAGCAGCCACUUGGCCUGCCUGCCAGAGCUCUGUUUUAUAUAUUUAUUCCUCUGGGAGGCAGAGCGGGCUUCCAACGGCGUGCACGCAGCACGUUUGCGUCGGGGUCCCCCCCCCCAUUCCUUUCUCGCUGAAGCGGGGAGAAGAGAAGGCCGAAUGAGCUGGGGGGACAUUUUCCCCUCCCCAGGGACUGCUCCCUUCUCCCCUCCUGAGGCACUGAUGGGGGGGGGGGGUCGGGGGAAGAGAGGCCCGUGGCUUUGAACCCGCGAGAGCAGGCACUACCCACAGGCUCCUGGGUAGCUGCCCAAGCCCCCAAACUCAGGAGUAAAUGUGUUCACCGCUGCCUUGCCGGACGGCCGGAGUUAGCUUUUGCUCUGCUCCCACCCCCAGAUCUGGAUCAAACUAGGGGUUACCCAGUGGGCUUCAUGCCCUCCCGGGGCUGGGGGGGCACUGAGCCCCUUCCCGAUGCCCCCCCCCUCAUUCCCUGAAACCAGACAGCUCCCAGGGAGAGCCUGAGCCCACCCCCCCACCCCCCGUUGCCCUUAAUAUUUAUUAAGUGCCUGCACGGCCCCAUUACCCGGUGCGUGAAGGCAGCGGCCGCCAACGCCCAAGGGCAGCCGUCAGUCUGAGGGCGGCCGUCUGGACCCCAGAUCCAGGACCCCUUGCACUUUUUGAGUUCAGGGCUAUACCUUGUGUCAAGGCGACGUUCUUAUGAUUUUGCACUGGUUUCGGUCCUGGCUGGGAGAGGGCCCGUGGGGGUGAGUGUGCGAUCUCGGUGGCAUCCCCACCCCCCAGCCCAGACCUUCCCUUCAAAGUCACAAUCAUGACCAUCAACCUCGUGUCCGUUCCCACGCAGGCGCCCCCCAAGCCAUUGAUUUCCCGCAAGACGGUGGUUCCUUGUAGCCCCGGGAGGCGUCCCCUGGGCCUGGUUGUUUUUACCUUCCAAAACCAAACUUUCUGAGCUGCUCACACACCUCACACUCAUGACCAAAGAAAGAAGUGCCAGCCUCUUGUGGAUUCCUGCCUCCCAUCGCCCAGGGAAUGUCCACGGGCCACUGCAUGACCACUCAACACUGUGCCCUACUCCGUAGGAAACUGUGAAAGCCUUUUCUCCUCCUCAAGCCUGUAAAUAAGCCGCUGUACAGAUGGGGGGGGAUGCUUUUUGUUCUGUUUGCACUUUGUACAUUCGUUAGACAUUUGUCACUUAUAUAUAUGAACCAGAUCUAUUUAUUUUUGCAAACCCUGGUUGCUGCCUCUGUGGCCCCUCUGGGGGCUCCGCAUUGUGGGGGGGGGGGGAGUUGUCUCUGAGACGCCUCUAAUUUUUGUACAAAGAUGAUUCAUGUGGGCUUUGCACGAAGCUCUUCCGGAGAAAUGGGUCUGUGUUGUAUAGAUGUUGCUUUGGGAGGGGGGGGUAGUGCUUUUUACAACCACUGUAUAGAACGUUUUUAUAGCCUGGAUGUCUUCCUGGGGUCGAUUAAAUUUCUUAAAUGAA